AUGGCAUCCGGAUUGACACCCAUCGUUACACCGGCGCUUCUUGUGUCGAUUAGAAACAGGCCGCACAUCCCCAGUCAUGCGUGGUACUUCAUUGCGGCCACAACACUGACAGUGCUCAACCGUCCCGAAGAGAUACCGCAAAUUUACAAGCAUGUUAUGAAGCACGGCGUCGGGCCCGACGAUCUCAAGCCUGGGGCGGAUGAACAGCUCACCGUAUCAAGAAAGCUGAGAGAGGCUCUCAUCAAAGCGUCUGCAGUUGGAGGCUUGCCCAAGACGAUCAACUCCCUCAUGGAGUUGAAGAAAGUGACGCCUGAACAUCUUCGUGACGAACCAGACAACAAUGGUUCACUUGACGUAUCCCCUACCGCUCGGAAUCGGGAUAUACACCACACGCCGAUAUCCAAAAUCUUUGAAAGGGGGCAUGACUUCUGGAACAACAUUUAUGGCAAGAUAUCCAGGCGAAUCAUGAGUCAACUAGACAGGUCAGGCACUGAGGACUUGGGGCUGACUGCGCGAUUGAUGUACGGCUACGUUUUGAGCAACACCAACGUAUUGUCUCCGUUGGAAACGUCGUACGUUCUCAUAGCUGGGCUUAUACCGCAGGAUGCUAGUGUUCUGCAGGAUGGCGGCGCCUCCUGCUGGGAUGGCCAGUCCCGCCGGUCUGGAUGGUCCCAAGACUUCGUGAACCCCUUCUUCGCCAACGGCGGCAUUUCUGCCCUCUCGGUCAGUAUCGACUGCAAAGCACCACGCUGA